AUGGUGAAGCGCAAGAGAACCGAUGCUCCCAAGGAGGAAAAGACUGCUGGAAGCCCUCCCAAGUCUACCAAGUCCGCCCCCACUCCAACCGAAACCACUGAUGCAGCUCUCACGGUCCAAGUGAUCACCGGUUCUUAUGAGCGCGUGCUUCACGGCUUCACGGCCGGUAUUCCAGCGUCCCAUCUCAAAGCAAAGACCGAUGACGAACUGCCAAAUAUCCAAUGCGCCGACACUUUCCUGUUCGAGGCCCAUGGCUCCGCAAUUCGCUGCCUGGCACUGUCGCCACUACCCAAGUCCACCGACUCUACCGAUGCCCAAACGGUGAUGCUCGCUAGUGGCAGUACCGAUGAGCGCAUCAACCUGUACUCUAUCUCUGCCGCACCGCCAGCUGUCAAUGAGGAAUACCCUUCUGUGCCGACGUUCGCCGGAAACAAGAUUCUCGAAAACCCCCGGAACCGUGAGCUUGGAGCAUUGCUGCACCACACUGCCAGCAUCACCUCCCUGAGCUUCCCAUCACGCAGCAAGCUUCUUGCCGCCGGUGAGGACAACACCAUCUCCGUCUCCAAGACCCGUGACUGGACUGUCGUAUCAUCUAUCAAAGCACCAAACCCCAAGGUCCAAGGACGGCCAAGUGGUGACACAGCACCCCCGGGUGCUGCUCCAUCCGGAGUCAAUCACUUCGCGGUGCAUCCCAGUAUGAAGCUGAUGCUGAGCAUUGGACGAGGAGAGAAGUGCAUGAGAUUGUGGAACCUGGUGACCGGAAGGAAGGCCGGUGUGUUGAACUUCACCAGAGAAGUGCUACAGGGUGUCAAGGAAUCACGAUGGAGCACCGGAGAGGGCCGACGCAUCGCUUGGGACUCUGAAGGAGAGGAAUUUGCGGUUGCUUUCGAAUGGGGUGCAGUCGUCUUUGGUAUUGACUCGGUUCCACGGUGCAGACUGAUCCCUGGACCUAGAAGUAAGCUCCAUCAAAUGAAGUACGUCUCUCUGCCCGUGAAGGGUGGCGAGAAGGAAGAUUUCCUGGCCGUUUCCACCGAGGAUGGCAGAGUUAUCUUCUACUCAACUAAGGAACUGAAAACUGAUGAAGAGGACACUGAUUGCUCUAUUCCUCAUGCCACCCCUGUUGCUCAGCUUGGCGGAAAGCAGGCUGGGUUCCCGGGCCGCAUCAAGGAUUUCGAACUCCUGAGUCUCGAAGGCCAAGCCAAGGAGUACCACAACGACGUCUUGUUUGUUACCGGCAAUAGUGAUGGCGUUGUACGUGUGUGGAAGGUCAGUGGUAAGGAUGUCUCUUCCGCAAAGAAAGACAAGGAGACUACCCAGAUCGGAAGGCUCCUGACUACCGCUGAGACUGGCAACCGCAUCACCUGUCUGGCUGCCUUUGUCAUGCUGCCUGCCGAAGAUCCAUCUACACUGAUUGACUCAGGAAACGAGGAUUCGGAAGACGACGAAGCGGAGUCAUCUAGUGAUAGCGACGAUGAGUAG